AUGCAGACUAAUUUUCAAUUGGCAUCCGUACAUGGGAUGCUGUAUACGGGAGGUAAUGUUGUGUUUUCCCCAGAUGGUCGCCAACUAUUUUCACCAGUUAAUAAUUAUAUCUCUUCUAUUCAAUUGCAGCAAGAAGGUCAUCGUUCACUUCCUUGUAGUAACAGUAAUAUUCAGUGUUUUGACCUAUCUGCAGAUGGAGAUCUUCUUAUUGCGAUUGGUUCUCGUGGUCUUGGUUUCUUCUAUGCCAUAUCUGCUGGUGUGGUAUUGGAUUCCAUCGCUUUCCCACCUGAUUGUGAAAUUCGUUGUGUUAAAUUUAGUCCUUGUGGCAAAUAUGUGGCGAUUGCUCUUGAAAAUACACUUCAAGUUUAUACUACUCCAGCUAAACGUAUUGUAGCAUUUCAUGGUUGUCAUCGCAUAGAGAACUUACAUGCAGCACUGACGUUACCUAUUACUAAUAUUGAAUGGACAUCAGACAGUGAACACAUUUUGUUAAGUGGACAAGAUGCCCGUAUGAAAAUUUAUCCACGUCAAGGACGAUUACAACACAAAGGAAUGGCCAUUCAACAGAAUUCUCUGGUAGGACACCGUGCAGCAGUUCAUGGUGCAUGGUUUGCUGAUGAUGCAUGCACUCGUGUGGUAAGCGUCUCAGCUGAUAAUGUUGUGAUUACGUGGAAACGAACAUCUGUAAGUCGUCGUGAAGUGUUAGAGGCUAUUGCCACUGCACAACUCAACGCACGUGUAAAUGCUAAAAAAGAGAAUGACGAAGACGAAGAAGAGGAAGAAGAAGAACUUGAAGAUGGUGGUGUUCCCAAGUCUUUUCUUGAAAAACAACGUCUGGAACAGCUUAAACUUGAAGGAGUUCGUGUUUCUGUUGCUGAUGAUAUGUACCUUCCAGAUAUUCUUCGAUAUGCAUUUGAAAUUGAAAAGAAGCAUCUUCUUACUCAUAAAGGUAAUGUUUCUGUUACAGCUUUCCAUCGUCGUCGAGGACUUAUAUCUAUUGGAUAUAAUUCUGGUAUUUUUGCAAUUCACUCUUUGGCAACAUCAGAUGAAACAGAGUUAACUUUGGUACAUUUACUUUCUAUAUCUGCACAAUCUUUAACAGCAGCAUCUUUCAGUCCUAGUGGAGAUUUUGUUGCCUUUGGAAGCGCUCAUUUGAAACAAUUACUUGUUUGGGAUUGGAAAUCUGAAGCGUAUGUUCUUAAAGAUCAAGCCCACUAUUAUGAUAUUUCUCGUACAGCAAUUACAGCAGAUGCCAGCAGUAUAAUAUCUGGUGGAGAUGAUGGUAAAGUAAAGGUUUGGAAAGCCUCUACAGGACAGUGUUAUGUGACCUUUACAGAGCAUACUGGUCCUAUUACAGGUAUUGCGACGAGUGCUGCAACUAAUGCCUUCUUUACCUGCAGUCGAGAUGGCACAGCACGAGGCUAUGAUCUUGUUCGUUAUCGCCAUUUUCGUGUUUACACCGUCCCUGAGCAGACACAACUCUCUUGUAUUGCGGUAGACCCCUCUGGUGAGGUGUUGGCGGUGGGAAGUGGACAAACCGAUCGUAUCUAUCUAUUUGCUGUGCAGACUGGGAAAGUGAUUGAUCAACUGCAGGGACAUGAGGCGCCUGUGGCCUGUCUUGCCUUCCACCCGAGCGGGACGGUGUUGGUCUCCGGCUCCCUCGACCACAAUCUUGUGGUGUGGGAUCUCUUCACCCGCGGCGAUGGCGGGGAGCGGCUGAAGGGGGAGGCGGAGGUGCUCGACAUUGGCGCGGAGGUCCUCUGCGUCGCCUUCAGCAGCAGCGGCCGCCGAAUGGCACUGUUGACAAUGAAACAGGAGAUCUCCGUCUAUGAAACGACAGUGCCAACGGAGCCAAUCAUCAUUAAAACAUUUCAAACAAGUUUUGAUGCUGCAGGAGGGUGGAACAAAACGGUAGGACCACGAAGUUCAAAUUAUAAUGCUCGAUUUACCACUAUUGCUUUUGCACCAGAAGGAGAGAAAAUCAUCGCCGGUGGAGAAUCUAAAUGGCUCGUCUUAUACCACGCUACACAGGGAUAUAUGCUUAAGAAAUGGCCAGUCACAACUAAUCUUGAUGUACAAGGUGCAGAAGAACAAUAUCAAUGGCGUCGCAUAACAGAAGCAGGUCAUAUGGAUGAUAUUGAUGUGGAUGAUACUGAUAUUCAUUUACGACGUGGAAAAAUGUUGGAAAUGCCAGGAAGUCGACAUAAACAUUUUGCAACAGGAAAACGACAAACUGCACUUACAGCUCGAACAAUGCACCUAGCCUUUGCUUCUACAGGAACUGAAUUUGUAGCAGCAACGACAGAUGGUCUUCUUGUCUUUUCUACUCGUGUUGCACGACCUAAAUUUCAACCGUUACAACUCAGUGCUAAUAUUACAAUUCAGAAAGUACGUGAACAACUUUCUCAUGGUGAACCUGUUAUGGCUCUUGUUGGUGCAUUAAAUCUUGGUGAUCGAAUGCUUGGUAUUGAAUGUUUACGACGGAUGCCACGAAAUGCUAUUCCAGUUGCUGUUUCUUCUGUUCCCUCACUUUUGUUCCCUCUCUUGGUACAAUGGGUGAGUUCUGAGGUAGAGGAAAGUCGAGGACUCGAGCAUUCACUUCUUUGGGCACAAUCUCUCAUGGUACAUUCUAAUGAGUGUGCAGGAAGUUUUGCCCAAGACCGAAGCGUUUUAUUACCUGCACUGAAAGUUUUACAACGCAGUCUACAGCAGCAACGACCACUGACAGAACUAGCCAAGGAAAAUUAUUUUUCACUUCGAUACAUUAUUGACAUGACAAAAAUGCAGAAGGACAUCCUGCAUCCAGAUGUUGCCAGUGAAUAA